CUGCCCGCUCUCGCUCUUGUUCUUGCCCCGCGCGUCUACCUAGGUACCGGCUUACCAUGGCUUCCUCCAACAACGAAUCGCGCGCUCCGCCCUCUCCUACCGCCUCCUUCUACGAUCUUAGUGACGACGAGGAAGGAGAAUACAAUACCAUAAGACACUCAAGCAGUGGUCGAGGCGUCAAGUUGCUCUAUACCAAGAGCAAGGUCUACGUACACCCUACCCCUUCAUCCAAAGACAAUAUACCGGGCUUCAUAGCUCUUAUACAGCAAAAGUCCGCCGCUCAAUCAAAUGAUGCUCGGCCCACAUCUUCCGCUUCCGCCCGGAGUACCCAUUCCUCGUCGCUGCUCCUCGCCUGGAUGCCCGAAUCACAGCUUGGUGACGCAUAUGAUACAUACGUAAAGGUCGAUCUUUCCGAUUCAUCCUCGCCUCCCAGGCAAUCUUAUCUUGUUCCACCACCACCCACAACCAGGACAAGCAGCUCUGCCACGGGAUCGUAUGCUUUUGCUGUGCCGUUGAGCGAGAUAUACUCGAUAUUGGUUCGGCCGCCUAGUAUAGGUUGGUGGUUUGGAAGUGUCGUGGUGAACACACGAGCGGGCGAAAGCUUCCCUGCACUCUUCUUCCACGAUAGUGAGUGCCAAUCGACUAUCAUGCAGCGGAAGAAGCUGGCGAAGGAGAGUUUUGACCCUUUCGGUGAUGGCGGAGGAAUGUUUUGGGGUGGUGAUGAGGUCUUGAGGUGGUUGAAGAGAUACGUUCAUGUGGAACGCUCAGGCGCGGAAGCCAGCAUCUAUCUUAUUGAGCCGACCGAGGAAGAUAAGAAAUCGUUUGGAAAGGAUGCCCCCAGCUCACCAAAAGCCAAAACCAAAGAGGACGACCAGAAGAGAGAUGGCGGCAUGGAUCCCGUGACAAAGGCGCUGAAGGAGGCGAGAUGGAACUUCCUUGAGAAGCUCAGUCAAGUCACGACAUUCACCCGGAGAACAGCACAGGCUGUUGCAGAGAACCCAAAACUCCCCCCUCAGGUGCGACGGUUGAUUCAGAACCCCGAAGUUCAAACACUACAAGAUGAGUUCGAUAGCGCACGAUUGUAUCUGGCAAGAUGGGCUAUGGGCAUCGCGGAACAGAGUGAGCGUGAUCGCAACCAACGCAUCUGGACCGCCAAGGAUGUUCUGGCAAUGGAAGAGAGCGAUGUUGGCGACUUUGAGAUCCUAGACAUGGACAAAAUGUCUUUGGCAGACCGGAAAAAGCCCCUUACAAUCACAGAGUGGAGGGAAAUGUUUGACGGGCAUGGCCGGCUGCAGAUCACGCCAGACGAAGUGAAGGAACGCAUCUUUCACGGCGGGCUACACCCUGACGAUGGUGUGCGGAAGGAAGCCUGGCUAUUCCUCUUGGGUGUGUAUGACUGGGAUAGCUCCGAGGACGAGCGUCGCGCCUGUCUCAACAGCAAGCGCGAUGAAUACAUCAGACUCAAAGGCGCUUGGUGGGAGAGGAUGGUCGAAGGGCAUAGCUCUCCCGAGCAAGACGAAUGGUGGAAAGAGCAGAAGAACAGGAUAGAAAAGGAUGUGCACCGAACAGAUCGAACUAUACCCAUCUUCAUGGGCGAAGAUAUCCCCCAUCCUGAUCCUGACUCGCCAUUCGCGGACGUAGGGACCAAUGUGCACCUCGAACAGAUGAAGGACAUGUUGCUUACGUACAACGAAUACAACAAAGACCUGGGCUACGUACAGGGAAUGAGCGAUCUACUUGCUCCUAUAUAUGCAGUCAUGCAGGACGACGCUAUUGCAUUCUGGGGGUUUGUGGGGUUUAUGGAUCGAAUGGAACGCAAUUUCCUUCGGGAUCAGUCUGGAAUGAGGAAACAGCUUCUCACACUUGAUCAUCUGCUACAAUUGAUGGACCCCAAGCUUUACCUCCAUCUGCAAUCUGCCGACUCGACCAACUUUUUCUUCUUCUUCCGUAUGCUUCUUGUCUGGUACAAGCGCGAGUUUGAGUGGGCCGAUGUGCUAAGACUGUGGGAGUCGCUGUGGACGGAUUACUUGAGCAGUAACUUUCACAUCUUCAUCGCACUGGCAAUUCUCGAGAAGCACAAAGAAGUUAUCAUGGCGCAUUUGCAGCAUUUUGACGAAGUGCUGAAGUAUAUCAACGAGCUGUCCGGUACCAUGGAUCUCGAAUCUACUUUAAUUCGCGCCGAAUCGCUCUUCCGCCGCUUCCAGCGCACCGUAGAAACUAUUGACAAAAAGGGAAACUUCCCUUCGGCACCGCAACAGCAAGCGAAACAACGCAAAUCGAUCACUUCCUCCUCUUCCCCAACACCUCCUUCUGCAUCAUCGACAGCCGAUCAAGGCGUAUCGUCCGCCACGGACAAGGGAAAGCAGCCAUCGACAUCUGCUGAAGGAGAAGAAGAAGCAAGAGUCAUCAGUCCAGAGCUGAGGGCACUACUCAGUCGCAAGGUAGAUAAAUUGGAAAAGGAAGAAGUUGUGAAGAGUGGCGGUGGCGUUGGGUCUUGA